AUGAAUAGUCGAAAUGCGCCGCUGUCUCCGGUCUCAGUAGGCGGUAGCGAAUAUUCCGUUGGCAAAUAUCAAAGCCUCGAUAACGGCGAUCCCUACAACAACCGCGCUCCCAUAUCACCUCCCGACUCUGGUGGUGCGAAUCCCAUGAUGAAUGGCUUCCCCGGCCCUAGGAGUGUCGGUGGGCCUUCUCCUCCACCCUCGGUCGCCCGUUCUAGCACCGCCUCGGGGCUGUACGCCGCGAGCGAGAGCGGCAAGAGCAUGCGAGAUGAAAACAAUGAGGUUAUACUUGGAGUACAUUAUGUUGCCCUGAAGAAAUUUUUGCAAUCUACUUCCAAAGAUGGAAGAGCCAAUCCUCCCCCCAACCGAGCACGCGAUAAGCUAUUGCGUCUAUCCGCUGUCCAAUUCCUCGAGCUUUCUACCGAUGUAUAUGACGAAUUAUUGAGGCGCGAGAGGCUCGGUCGGUCCGGUCCUGGCGGUCCAAAGCCGCCGCCGUUCCUGCAACCCGAAGACAACUUUCACCCAAAGCGGAACCAGGCACGACAGAAGCUUUCAACCUUGGGGCCGCCCAGGUUCAGAGAUCUGGCUACAGAUGUCUUCUGCGAACUCGAGCGGCGGUUUGAGGGCUUUGCCCGGGGCGAUAUUCCCCGCGUUGGAAGUCCUGUUUCGGUAAGGGGUGCGAGUAGGGCUGGCACUCCCGUGAACGGUCUUCCCCCCAGAGGAAUGAGAAGGCCUUCAAACGCAAGUUCUAUCCGAUCGGAUGCACCUCGAUUCAACGACUACCCUAUCCCUCCUUCUCCUGGCAUGCCGCCGAACGGCUUCGCUCCUCAACAGAAGCAAUUUCAAAGCAAUACCAUUGUGCCCAACAAGAGCACCAUGCUGGAGGAGGAUGACGAUGGCAAUGAUGAUGGAAAGGACUCCUUUGGACUCGAUGGCGCGAGGCAAAGAAAGAGAAGCUCGGAUACUGGCAUUUCCGAGACCGAUAAGAGACUAUUGGAGGAAUCUCAAGCGCAAGUCCUCGACUUGCAAGCAAAAUUGGACGAACUUGAAGAUCGAUACAAGAAAAAGGACGAUGAGCUGAACAAAAUGCUCAACGAAGAACGUUCCCGGGCUUCGAAUGAGAAUGCAGAAAAGGCACAAUGGGAUGAUCUUAAAGCAGAUCUCGAGAACCAGCUGGCACAAGCCAAGAGUCUCAGCAACACUCUACGAGAUGACCUCGAUCGUAUGCGUGAAGACCACGAUGUUGAGGAGAGACAACUACGCGAACAGCUAGAGGAAGCCGAGGCAGCCGCCAGGAAUGCAAGCAGCAUGGGCAACAGGGGCAAUGCGGAUGCAGAAUUGCAGCAAGAGAACCAGGAACUACGAAUGGCCCUUGAGGAGCAGCAGCAAGUCACAGAAGAUGUUCGCAAGGAAGCUCAACAAUUCCUUCAGGAAAUGAAGGUCCUUUCUGAGCAGCAUACCCCUUCUUGGGAGAAACAGGCUGAACUGCACAAGUCAAUUGAGCAAUUGGAGCAGGAGGUCAAAGACUGGCGCAACCGCUACGCGCGCACCAAGACGCAACUGCGCAGUCUCAGAGCUUCGUCUCUUGGCUUGACCAUUGAUCAGGAUGCAGCGAAAUAUGUGCGUGAGAAGGGGUUCACCGAGGAGAACGGUCUUGUCAAGGAUGUCCAUGUUACCAAGUUCCAGAUCGCUAUUGACGAGCUCCUCAAGCGGGCGCGAACCGACACCCCCGACAGGGCGAUCGACUCUAUGAAGGCGGUUGUCGUUGCUGUUCGUCGCAUUACUAAGGAUAUUGACGCAUCGGCACCUCGGGACGAAGAUGUCAUGGCGCAGCAACAAAAGCUCAAGAGUCGCGUUUCUGCCACUGCGAACAACCUCAUCACUGCCUCGAGAAACUUUGCUACUGCAGCCGGUAUCUCGCCUGUGUCAUUGUUGGAUGCGGCGGCUUCGCAUCUCGUUGCCGCGCUUGUUGAGCUUCUGAGGACCGUCAAGAUCCGGGCCACGCCGGUUGGAGAACUCGAAGACGACGACGACGGCACCAUGACACCCGUUGAUUCCACGGGUUUCUUCUCUUCAAGGCGUACAACACAGGACGAGAACUCGUUCCCCAAACCACCAACUCGGGGCAAUCAGUCACCGCUUGACCCCCCGCCGCGUUUCAUGGGAUUGGGACCCCGUGAAAGUGCCCAGUCUUCUGCCUACAGCCCCAUCAGUUCUCCUCGCGAAUCUGCCGACCAGUUUAAUAGUAGAAGAUCGAUGCCGCGGAAUAUGCCUGCCAAUGGCAUUUACGUAGACAAGAACCCGCCGCCCGCCGCCGGCGGUUAUGGGGCACAGCGUCUUGAUAUAACCAUGGAAGACCUCAAGAUCUACAUGGAUAACCAGUCCGAUCAGUUGGUCGAGACGAUUCAAGGUCUCGUAGCCUCGAUCCGCGGUGAUGCUCCCAUUACGCAGAUCAAGGAAGAGAUUGGGCAGAUUGCCGAAAUUGUGGGCAAGAUUGUUUCUGAAACCGAAGGCACCAACACGGAUUCGAUCCUUAUCGACAGCUUAACAUCCUGCCGCCAACGACUGCUCGAGGCCGGCGACCUUGGCUCAGAUCUUGUCUCAAAGGGUCUCGGCCCCAGCGACAGGGAAUGGCGCAUGUGGACGCAAACUCUACCACCCAUUGCCUUUGAGAUUGCUCGCGAGACGAAAGAGCUAGUGGAGAGCAUUGGUCGCUUGGUCAUGGCCGACGGUGAUGAUUAUUCAUAA